GUUGGCAUACUCUACAUGCGGCAUUCUUCGCAGAGAUUUCUCGGCAAGAUCCGGGAAGGAGGGAGCUCCGCUGCGAGUAUUCCGGCCCCGGAGAGGAACGGCCACUGGACACAGGAUACAGGGCGUCAGAGCAGCAGGUGCCACCGGGAUGGCCUACUGGGAGUUUUCAGGAGUGGAGGAGCUUGAUCUUCGAAUCGGCACCAGAAACUGCCAAGGAGCGGGGCCCGCCUUUUAUCCAAUCUGUGUCGAAAGUGACGUGCACAGCUGACGGCCGCUGGCUCCCAGAAGCUGAUCCUCAGGUUCUGGCCUUGAACUAUCCCAAGACCCUUGCAGCCUCGGUUGCUGCAAGCCUGGUGUUGAUGGACGCCCGGACGCCUCGCAUCUUGGUGAUUGGCCUUGGUUCAGGCUCUGUGCCACUCUGGCUGGCCAACGCAGUCCCAGACAGCUCUGUUGAUGUGGUGGAGUUGGAGGAGGCAGUGAUCCGUGCUGCCGGCGAAGCCCUGGGUUUCCCGAUAGCGGCCAGUGGAGGCACGGGCUCUUCCCCGCUGCGCCGAGCAUUGAGAGGUCGCCUGCAAGCGAUCUGCGGCGACGGUGCCGCCCUGGCUGCAGAGUGGGCAGCUGAUCCUCACGGUCCCCGCUACGAUGCUGUCAUCAUUGAUGCCUACGAUGCUCUCAACCGGGUCCCACGACCUUUGUGGGACGAGGCUGGGCCGCUUGCAGAAGCCCUGCCCGUGCUUCUCAAAGAACGAGCCGUGGUCGCGGCCAACGUGCCGCCUGGAUUCCCCACCGAGGAGAUGCUCCACGGCUUUCAGAAGCGACUUCAGGGCAGCAAGGCCGUUCCAGCUUUGGCUCUUGAGGUGCCGGAGACAGCCAACACUGUGGCACUCGUCCUCCGCGGCAGCGAUUGCAGCGCGGUGCAGUUCUACGGUCACCUCUGCGAGGCUGCCGAACGCUUCCAGCAGAGCGGCGUUUGCCUCUUCGAUGCGCCCGAGAGGCUCACGAAGUGCCAGGUGCGAGCCUGGUAG